UAUUGCACGUGCUAAGGGGGUUGCCAAUUUCAUCUAUAGGCAUGGGAAAAUUCUUAGUUUAAUGAGGGAGAAGACAAGAGAUGCUGAAAUUGUGAGGCCUGGAGCCACUCGGUUUGCCACUUCAUAUCUUUCUUUGAAGAGCUUGCACAAGCUAAUGGAAGGGGUGAAGGCUUUAUUUACAUGUCCAGAAUGGUAUGCUAGCAACCUGUCAAAAACUAAAGUUGGUGAACGUGUUUAUAACACCAUGCUGUCCAUAGAAUUUUGGAAUGCAGUUGAAGAUUGUCUUAGGGCUUCAGCUCCACUACUUAUUGUGCUAAGGGCUGCUGAUGGUGAUGAGAAGCCAGCAAUGCCCGAGGUUGCUGCACUAAUGACUGAAGCAAAAGAGCAGAUCAAGAAAAGCUUUGGCACUCAGAACAAGAAAGGGCUGCUCAAGAAAAUCUUGGACAUUAUCGAGCGAUGUUGGUUGAAGCAAAUGGACCAUCCAUUAUAUGAGGCUGCACUCUAUUUGAACCCAGAAAAAUUGUUUCCUCUCAUAAAUGCUGAUCAAGAUGAAACUGUUGGGCAGCUAAGGGCCUGUUUCCUUAAAGUGCUUCGGAGAAUGGUAUCAGAUGGCGUUCUUCGAAACAAGAUAAAUGAUCAAGCCAUGGACUAUCAAUGUAAAAGAGGAGAAGCCUUUUCAGAUGAAAUGGCUAUAGAAAACAUCGAAUCAAAGAGCCCUCUUGAUUGGUGGAGUUCCUAUGGUGGCCUUGCAAUUGACUUACAAAGGUUUGCUAGGCGUGUUGUUGGUCUAUGUGCUUCAUCAUCCGGCUGUGAGCGAAAUUGGAGUACCUUUGAACAUAUGCAUACAAAGAAAAGGAAUCGAUUGCUGCACAAGAGAUUGAAUGCAAUAGUCUUUAUUUCAUACAACCGCAAGAUGAAAACUAGGUUUCAGAUGCUGCGUCAGAAGAAGAAAAACAUUGAUCCUUUGGUUAUUUCAGAUUUGGCUUGGGACAAUGAAUGGGCAGAUUCGUUGCAUGAACCCCCCCAAGGUCGUCGUGGUUCUGAUUUAGGUGAUGGUCUCACAUGGGAGCUUGUUGAUGGAGCAACUGGUGCUUCUCAAUCACUCCAAGGUCGCUGUUUUCCAAGGAGAGCUCACAGAAACAGCCGUGGUGAUCCAAUUGUCUACAAGCGUGGUAGAAGUAGAACUGCUACUAUUGAUGAAGAAGAUGAGAUUGAUGACCAGGAGGAGGAACACCUCGGUUCAGACAAUGUAGAGAGGGAACAAGAUGAGGAUGAUGAUGCAAAUGUGACCGACAAUGAGGACUCUCCUACCAAUGUUGCUGCAGAAACGACAAAUGAUGCUCCCACCAAUGAGUUCGAUGAUGGCUAUUGAGAGAUGAGAUCCGAGAGAUGGGAGUUGAGAGAUUUUAGACUUACAGCAUGCUGCUUUUGUGCACUACUUAUAUUGUCUUAUUUAAUGUGGAGUACUAGAGUCUGAAAUUGUGGACUAGAACUACUAUUAAUUAUGUCCACCAGGCUCUAAACUUAUGGGCUGAUGUACUGAACUAAUGAUGUUAGUUAUGCACUUAUGCCGUGUGAUUGUAUU